UUAUUUUUAAAUAAUCAAAAAUGAUUGAAAAGAUGUUAAAAUUAAUUUUUAAAUAUUAUGUUGAAUUUUGGAACAAGCUUCAAUAACAAAAUUUGUUCAUAUUUCAUUGUUAUGAUAUUUGUUGACAUGGUUACCAGUACUCAUUUAUUGUCUGCCUUCCUAUACCCACCAAGAUUGCUGAAUUUUUUAUUUAAAAAAAUUAUAUUAACUUGUCUUUAUGAUGUCAAGUUUAAAAAACCAUGAAAUUAAUUGUGAGUGCCAAUAUACAUUAACAUUAAUGGACAAGGUUGCUGAAACAAAAUGUUCUGAAAUGAAGGAUAGUUUUAAUCAUGUGCCCAGUAUUCAUGAAGUAGACGAAGAAGAUACAGAUGAAGAACAUAUUUGUGAUCAUGAAAUUGACACUUCCAAAGAUACUCAACAAAUUACGGAAGUAACAGAAGGUAUAGAUGGGGAUUCUAUUUAUAGUAAUGAAUCAUUUUGUUCCGAUGAAUCUUAUAGCGAAUCUGAGGAAAUCAAUAACAGUUCAAGAUAUUUAAAUGAUUCCCACUCUUCAUCUCGAAUCACUGCUCAUAAAUGUGAUAAGAAAAAUAAUGAAGACAAUGGUCCACAGUCUGAAAGUGUUACAAUAAACAAUGACAUAAAUUCUAUUUGUAAAAGUUCAGUCUGCGAAGACGGUUCUCUGGCAUGUAAACAACUGAAAAGUAAACGAAAAAACAUGAGUUUUACAGAUGCAGAAUUGCGCAAGAUUGAAUGGGAAAAUCAACUUCUUUUAAGAAAAAUAAUGGCUCAACAGAAGCCAAGGGACAAGGUAUUUCACAAAAAUAUACAACAACCACGAAUAAGCAGUUCUGCAAUAAAUAGAAGAAAAUUACAGAGAAAAAUAGAGAAUGAAAAUAUAUUGCUACUCCAAAGGAUACAACAGGCUAAACCAUGUGUUAUGAAUACUAUGACAAAAUCUGGCUAUAGACAGACAAUUUUAUAAUCUGUAACAAACAAUUUAUAUAUUUUACACUAAUCAGAAUGAAAUAUAUUUGAUAAUUUUUUACUUCUUAACUCGAACACUUGUCGUACAAACCUUAUGGUUGUGAUUUAUAUAUGAAAAUAUAUAACUGUAAGUGAAUGUUUUUUAAAAUGUUAAGCACAUAAA